CACAAUACCACUCAUCGUCCUUCUUGUCGACACACCUGUGCAUCUCAAUCACCAACUAAUAAUGGAGCACCACGCGAAUGUACCUGUUCAGACACGACUGACGGCUGAGUUCCCCGAACUGGCUCAUCUAUCGAGAGAGGAUCUGGAAGACCUUUUGACCGAUCCGCAGUACUUUCAGGCUAUCUUCCACACAUUACCACAAGUGAAACUGCUGUACCAAGGCCAGGCUGACCUAGGCUCAGCCAACGAAUCAAUAGCCAAGAACAACUUGGCACUCCAGGACCCUCUCUACAGGCUACGUAGCGAGACACAAGAGGCCUUCGAUAGGGCAAAACAUCUCGAAGCCCGGUGGAAAGAGGUGGAGAAACGGCAGCGCGAGGUCUACCAGCGCUUCGAUCCGCAAUUCCUGCUCAUGCGGCUCAGGCACGCGACGACCGCGCAGGACGAUCUGUCCGAAGCGCGCGCGAACGCGUUUGUGCAGGGUUCCGUCGCGGACGCGGAUGCGACGAACCUGUCGAACAAGGACAUCGACGACUUCGUGCGCGAGUUCCGCGAGCUCCGGAAGGUGUACCACAAGCGGGUGAUGUGGGGCGAUAGGUGGCAGGCCGGGGAGGUGGCCUGGCGCGACGACUGACGAGGCGGGGUCCGGGAAAACUCGCUGCAGGCUCAACCUUCGUGCAUUCUAUACUCUAUUUUUGUUGAGGUUGCUUAUACAUCUAUUGUAUCAUAGCGGACAAACACCAUGCAGGUACCCCAGGGGCUGUGCAGAAACAUAUUCAGAUACCCUUCAACAGACGUCAUCCGCCUCUCCAUCAAUUCCCCGCAGGCAUGUUCAACGCUUCCAAGCGCGAAGACGGCAACACUCGUCUAAUUAUAGUGGCAAACUAAGAGCUCUCCAACCAAUUGGUGGACCCUGAGAGAGGAAGAUUCUCGGGAAGUCCGCACAUCCUCAAUCCGCCUGACCACAUUCGGAAGAGCUCUGCAACAAUCUCGCUUCAAGUCGUCUGCGAGCCUACCGUUCACUUUCUCCGUUCGCUCCCUCGACCCUCAGUCCGAGCAUUGACACUCGGCUCGGCUGACUGUUGAGGAAUCGCUAGGUUGACUUGUGCCUGGAUUCUCGUCGUUCGCGCCAGUUCGAGCACCCAGGGACGACAUAUCGACCAGCGCUGGCAGUCAUUCCGGGCUGCACUCGGGUAUAAAAAGGCUUGGCGCGAUGUAGGGUCCGCAGCGAAGUCGGCAUUCUCAUAUCACGUCUUGGGCACCAUGAGGUCCUGUGCUUCUCUCUUCGCCUCAGUGGCACUCGCUACGUCUGCGCUCGCGCACACCAUCUUCCAGGAAAUGUAUGUGAACGGCGUCGACCAGGGUCACAUCACAGGUAUCCGCGUUCCGGAUUACGAUGGACCGAUUACAGACGUGACCUCGAACGACCUUAUUUGCAAUGGCGGCAUCAACCCAUACCACCAGCCUAUCUCGACUGCGAUCAUCAGCACCCUCGCCGGCGCACAAGUCACUGCUGAAUGGCACCACACCCUUGCCGGUGCGGACCCUAGUGACCCUGCGGAUCCUAUCGACCCUAGCCACAAGGGACCCGUAAUUGCAUACCUCGCGAAGGUUGACAAUGCAACCGAUUUAACUGUUACUGGCCUUCAGUGGUUCAAAAUCUACGAGGAUGGCAUGGACAGUGACCAGUCGUGGGGAGUUGACCGCCUGAUCGCAAACAAGGGCAAGGUGUCCUUCUCGAUCCCAAGCUGCAUCACGGCUGGCCAAUACCUUCUCCGGGUCGAAAUCAUUGCUCUUCACGCUGCCUCAAGUUACCCCGGUGCGCAGUUCUACAUGGAAUGCGCUCAGCUCCAGAUCACCGGCGGAGGCAAUACGCAACCUGCGACUGUCAACUUCCCUGGCGCAUACUCGGGCACUGACCCCGGAAUCAAGAUCGACAUCUACCAAACGCUUCCUUCCUACACCGUCCCGGGCCCGCCCGUCUUCACUUGCGACGGUUCAUCUGCUCCCGCACCGACCUCCGCCCCCGCUCCGACUUCCGCCCCCGCCCCGCCUCCUUCGACGUCAGCAUCUGUCCCCCCGGCCACUUCAAGCGCUCCGGCCUCGAGCGGUAGCGUUGCGCACUAUGGCCAGUGCGGUGGUUUGACCUACUCUGGGCCGACUACAUGUGCGGCACCGUACUCUUGCGUGAAGUCAAGCGACUACUACAGCCAGUGCCUGUAG